CACUGCCUUAUCACCUUCACAGUAAAGAAUUUCCUUCUAAUAAGUAAUCAAAACCUCAAUUCUUUUAGCAUAAAGUCAUCGUCCCUUGUCCUAACACCACAGGCUGGUGUAAAAGUCCCUCUCCAACUCUUUUUUAGGCCCUUUUAGGUAUGGGAUUGCCCCUGGAGCCUUCUUUUCUCCAGGCUGAACAACCCUACCUCUCUCAGCUUCUCUCAGCAGAGAGAAGUUGCUCCAGCCCUCUGAUCCUCUUUGUUGCUCUCCUCUGGACUCAUUCCAACAGGUCCCUGUUGUCCUUUUGAUGGGGACCCCAGAGCUGGAUGCAGUAAUCUAGGUGGGGGUCUCAGAAGAGUGGAGCAGAGAGAGAGAAAAGCACCUCUCUCAACUCGCUGUGUGUAAUGUUUUUGUCAGGUUCCUCCUUUUUCUACCCUUCCUUUGACUUGUUUAUUUGGAUGAUAUAACUAUUAUAUUCUCUGUUGUCUGGACAACAGCUUGUUGUUAACAACCUUGAUAUUGGCCUGCAAGCACUGCUGUAACAUAACCAGCCAGUUCACAGAGAGAAAUAAUGGCAAGAAGAUGAAAGAGGAGGAAAAAUCCUAAUAAAAAAUACUUGAAAGAGCAAGACAGUAUUGUCUACACAUGUGUUGUAAAAGGUUUCUGUAUGUUGGGUUAAUAGUUUUCUUAUUAAUGUCUGGAAUUUCAGAGGAUGACCUGAUAUAAUGCCCAAGGUUUCAUGCUGAGAAAAUGGCAAAGCUGUUUUUUUCCCCUAAAAGCAGUAGCAGUUGGUUCUCUAAGUAAAUGUGUUCCUCUUGCUGCAGUGAUACAAUUCUUUCUAUCUAUUUUUAAGGAAAUUAUUUUUUAGCCCCAUAAUGAUAAUAAUAGUGAUACACAAUGCCUGAUCAGGACAAAAAGCUGAGGAGCACAGAAAAAGCAAAAGACAAAAAGCCUUCUGGGAUCUCUAGGAGGGAUUAUUCCAAUCUAAAAAGCCUUCAGUCUUUCUUAAGUGUUCAGUCAAAGAACCAAGAGCUUAUAUAUAUUGAAAGUGGUCAAACCAGUGUGACAAGAACUUGGCAAAAUGUCAAAAGCAAUUAACAAGAGUCCAGUGGUCAACGGCAAGAAUCAACAGAAGCUGUUGAGCUUGAAAAAUUUAGCAUGACCUACAAGAAUGAGAGAAAUUUUAGCAAACAUCCCAAGCAUCAGCUGUUUCAAAAUAUCUUUACAACUUUAGUUAAGGAGGGUUACCUGCAGUAUAUGGAAACAGUAGCAAAUCAUUAUCUUAACUAUGGAGAAGAGCAGCUGAAUGUAGACAAGUUGGUCAACAUGACAUUUAUUUUUCAAAAGCUUGCUACUUUUAAAAAUCAAAUAGAAUGGGUUAUAGCAAGUGGAGCACAUAAAUUAAUUGGUCUGAUGUAUGACUGGCUGUUUGAUAUAAAUAGAAUGCUCACAGCAGAGUUGCUGUGACUCCUUUGUGCAGAAUCACAAGUCAAAGAGCAAAUAAAAAUGUAUAAAGGAGCUCCAGUCUUGCUCACUUGACUCCAUUCUGAUCACAUCAAACUUCUAUGGAGUAUAGUUUGGAUUCUGGUACAGGUCUGUAAAGAUCCUGAGACUAGUGUGGAAGUUUGGAUCUGGGGUGGAAUCAAGUAGCUCCUUCAUAUGUUACAGGGAUAGGUUUUCAGUCCUCAGCAUUGUGAAUCUGAACACUCUUCAGUUGGAAGUUUAUCUGGUGCAAAUGCAGCAGGGAGAAUCCAGGAUCUUCAUUUGUCAGAUGAACUGAGUCCUGAUGAGAUACAAGAAAGUAUUUUCUCACUUCAAGCAAAUUGAAUACAUGCAAUAGCAAAGCUGAUUUUCAAAGAGAGGAAUGCUGAAAAAGCCAGUUUGUUACAGGUAGCUCCCUCUAUUAUCAUUUACCUCAAGUACUCUAUUUUAAAAUGGUUUCUGUAUAAAUAUAAUGUUCUAUUAAUUUCUUUUAUGAGACUGUACAUAGUCAUGGAGCUUAUAGAGGGGGUGCCGUUGGGAGAACACUCUUUGAAGGAAAAGCAACAACAGUUUAUAGAAGACAGAUUAUGGUAUAUAUUUAUCCAAGUAAGGACCUCCAUUCUUUUUGCCAGGAUAUUCCUACAUGUAAUUAAUAGCACCAUGUUUUUAGGCUCUGACUUUGGGCUUGCAAAGCCAAAGUAAGAAAACUGAAAACUUGUGCCAGCAGUGGCAAGCAUCCUGUACUCAUGUCCUGAAGUUGUAAAGGGUGAGCUGUAUGUAGAGAAGGCUGAUGUUUGGGCUGCAGACAUCCUUUAUCAGCUGGCCACUGUGAACCCACCAUUUUACAGCACCAAUAUGAAUAUGCUCUCCUUGGCAACUAAGGUAGUAGGGGCUGUAUAUGAACCUGUGCCAGAAGGACUGUACUCUGAAAAAGUGUCAUUUACCAUUAAGAGCUGCUUGACUCCUGAUGCAGGGACACAUCCAGACAUAGUGGAGGUCAGCUCAUCUGAUGUGAUUAUGAAUCUGGAUAUUUUAUCCACCUCUCUUCUCAUGUUGGAGAAGAAACUGGAUCAGGAGAGGAGACAAACCUCUCGAUACUUCAUGGAGGCAAAUUGAAAUGCAAAAAAUGAUGAGAAGUUGAGUCUGCUUAGUGGCAGCAGUGGACCAGCUACUUGAAAAAGUGAAUUUUCAGAAAAUACUGACUUUCCAGUUGACAAUUGUCAGUCUGCACAUGGAAAAGAUGGAAAAACAUAUGAAGCAAUUGUGGUAGAGGAUGACAGGACUAUGGGGAAAGGUAUUUUCUCUGAAUUAGACAAUGAGAUAGAUAUAGUGGACAAUUCAAGCAGCUCCAGUUCAAGUAAUUUGAAAGAGUCUGCUAUUAGUAUAAUUAAACAAAGUUUUAGUGCUUCUGAAAAAUAACCUCAGAUAAGAGAUUAUGUUGACAGUUCUGGAUCAAGACUGUGAUCAGCAUUGGCAGGAAUUGCUGUAUCACAAAGGAAAGUGAGUCAGAUCAGUGACCCUGUUCAGCAGAUUCUUAUUCAGCUGCACAAAAUUAUCUUCAUCACUCAACUUUCUCCAGCUUUGUGAUGCAAUUUGAAAAGGAGAAUCAUUGAAAGAUUCAAGAAGUCCCUUGUCAGUCAGCAGGGCAAUCCUUGUAAACUGAAAUCAGAGAUCAAAAAGCUGCUUCAAGGUUCUCCUGAAUUGAUUAAACCAAGUAUCUUCACAGCAGAUUGGCAGGGCGGAAAUAUAUUGCUUCCAGAUGAUAGAAAAGGCAUUCUUGGCACUUCUGGCAUAGCAGAAGGGAUGACAUAUAAGCAGUUGCAGGUUCUAAUUGAAGAGGUUCUAGAGGAAAGUGGUUAUUGCAGUUUCUUUUCUAACAGGUCAGUCUAG